CGAUCAGGACAGAGCUAUAAAGUUUGCCGUGACGCUUAUACAUUCAUAUGAAUAUAGAGUUUUGCUACUUCUGACGCAGUCAUGGGUAGCAUGGGGUAUUCAGUAAAACUCUUUAUUUUAUCGCUAUUGUGUCAUCAAUGGCUGUGUAAUGCUGUUAAUAGUGCAAGAUCACUUGAAGUGGCUGAUGUGCUCUCAUGGGAGGGUGUGCCUGACUCCAUUUUUGAAGGUUUGUUGGGUGGUGAGCUUCAGAAUGAUGAAUUCCCUAAAGAUACAAGUGUGCAAAACGUGUCAAACCUGGAUGCAGAUGUUAUGGAAUCUGCUUUAAAUUUGCAUGGGAACUUGAGCCUAGAUGUUGCUGAAACAAACUUAACCUUGCCUGGAAACUUCAGCCAAGAUGAUGCUGCAGAGUUCAACUCUACUCUGCAUGGUAACUUCAGCCUUGAUGCAGAUUCAAAGUCUACUUUGCCAGGAAACCUCAGCCUAGAUGCUUCUGCACAAUACAACUCCACUCUGCAGGGAAACUUCAGCCUAGAUGAUGCUGCAGAAUCCAAUUCCACCUUGUAUGGUAACUUCAGCCUUGAAGCUUCUGCAGAAUUAAACUCCACCCGACAGGGAAACUUCACCCUAGAUGCUGCAGAAUCCAAUUCCACUCUGCCUGGAAACUUCAGCCUAGCUGAUGCUGCAGAAUCUAACUCCACCCUGCAAGGUAACUUCAGCCUAGGUGAUGCUAAAGAAUCCAAUUCCCCUCCACCUCUAAACUUCAGCCUAGACGCUGCAGAAUCCAACUCCACCCUGCAAGGGUAA